UGUAAAUCAUGCAUCCACAAAAUUACGAUUAAGAUAAUCUACGUUUAUUUUUUGAUCAGUGUUAUGUUGACUUGUUAUGUUUAACUACUUUGGAAGAGACUACUUACAACACACUUUACAACAACUGAAAACCCACAAGAACAACACAGCUCAGUGCACCCAAUUUUUUUUGGGAAAUUAAAUUAAAAAUAAAUGGUCAAUUAAAGUCGGUUAAACCAUCCAUGAAUAUACCCCUUAUAAUCGUAUGAAUUGAAAUGUUCCUGCGGACAAUAAAAAGGUCCUCGCUAGUCUUUUUGAACGCGUUGAGCUUCCGUUGGUCGGUUUCCAUAGAGACCAUCUAUGGUUGGGGCGAAUGAACAGCUAGCUACAGCGACAGGGGAGAAACGAGAGCAUCAUCUGCUGUGAAGGAGCUGGCAGGUCAAAAUGUCAUUUAGAGACUUAAGAAAUUUCACAGAAAUGACGAGGGCCUUGGGCUAUCCGCGGUUGAUAUCCAUGGAAAACUUCAGAACUCCAAAUUUCACUUUAGUGGCUGAAAUACUAAUAUGGCUUGUAAAGAGAUAUGAGCCUCAGAUGGAUAUUCCUACUGAUGUAGAUACAGAGUCAGACAGAAUAUUCUUCAUCAAGGCGGUGGCCCAGUUUAUGGCAACUAAGGCUCACAUCAAGUUGAACACCAAACGCCUCUAUCAGGCUGAUGGCUACGCAGUGAAAGAGAUUCUGAAGAUCACCUCAGUGCUGUACAGCGCUAUGAAGACCAAACAGAUGGCCCUGGGAGAGCAAACCGAGGAGGAGAACAGCAAAUUCAAGUUCGACCUCGGCUCACGGAUUUCAGAUCUUAAAGCGGCUCGGCAGUUGGCAUCCGAAGUCACAUCUAAAGGAGCAUCUCUGUAUGAUUUACUGGGAAAAGAAGUGGACUUAAGGGAAAUGAGAACUGCGGCUAUCGCCAGACCUCUGGAAAUCAAUGAGACUGAAAAGGCCCUGAGAGCUGCCAUCAAGGAAGUUUUGGAAAGUGUGGAGAAGACCAAAGACAUGCUGAGUAAUGUUGUUUCUGAUGAAACCAGUCUGGACGCUAAGAUAGAAAAAAAGAACCAGGAGCUGGAGAGGAAUCGGAAAAGGCUCCAGACACUGCAGAGUGUCAGGCCAGCCUUCAUGGAUGAAUAUGAAAAGAUUGAGGAAGAUCUGCAGAAGCAAUAUGAAACCUUUGUGGAGAAGUUCAGGAACCUUUGCUUCCUGGAGUCUCAGCUGGAUGAAUACCAUAGGCUGGAGCAGGAGAGGUUUGAGGAGGCCGAAAACACAAUGAGGAUGAUGCAGAACGUGUUGAGGGAGGAGGAGGAGAGGGACCUGACGAAGAGCUCCUUAAAAGAUGAGGAUUCUGACAUGGACGUGCCAGAAGACGAAGGCUCGGACAGCGACAUGGAAGAAUGUCGACCUUCUAAGCCACGGCCGACACGAAACGGCAUCACGACAGGAAGAGCAGCGCGAUUCGUCGGUAACAUGCAGGGGGGUGAUAGUGAUGAGACUGAAGACAGCGAGAUUGAUGUGGACGAGGAUGAUGAGGAAGAUGAUGAAGGUGAGGAAGAGGAGAGCAAGGAUUUGGAGGACGACAGUCUCGAGGGCCCAGUGUCCAGGGGUGUGCGCCCCUCAAAGGGCGUGAUAAGACCACCUCUGCUGGAGGAGAGCGAUAAUGAUUUCUGAAUAAUUAAAGAAGAGAUCCAGCUGUUUCUGCUUUUCCGCUCAGAUAAACCAUUUAUUCGAGAGAGAUGUUCAUUAUUUAUUAUGUUCAAUCAUGUUGUUUUUGCAACUAUAGUUCAUAUUUUUGAAAUAUUUGUGUAAACUGUAUUCCUUAAUAAAAAUAUAAAAAAUGUAUUAUCUCUUUCACCUGACUUGAUUAUGAAAGCAGAAUAAAAUACCUUUUG